CUCCGUCCGGUCAGUUUAGUUCAGUCUGUGCUACGAGGAGGGCUGAGUUACGAUCGACGCGAAUAUUGCGCAAUCCGCAGUACACUCCGAUACCCAUCGCGACGAGAAGGAGGCAGAGUGAGUGAGAGAGAGAGAGAGAGAGAGAGAAAGAGAGCGAGCAGGACAAGCGGGCGUCUUCUAGCACGGCUUCUCAGGUCAGACGCCGUCACUCGUGACGCGGCUAUUGCCACGGCUCCUAUGGUUGGUGUGGAGAUGCGGUCGUCCCGACUUCCUGUACAUGGCGAGGGCUCGUGAGCGUCCUCGUCGUCAUCGUCCAGUGUCGUCCGUGCUGUGUCGUCGUCCGUAUUGAACGGUGUUCUCAACCGCUCGCGCGAUUGUCCGUCUUACGUCGCGCGUUCUCCCGUCUGUACGGUGUGUCAUCGUCGCCGCUGCCGUCGCCGCCGCUACCAACACCACUACCGCCACCACCACACGUAUACCGCGGGGUGCUCCAGCCAACUAUUCUCACGCCACACUCGCGCGUGAAGAGCGCACCACCGCAGGCUCCUCUCGCCCGUAGUCGCGCCUAAACGUAGCACGCGAAAACGCACCCACGCGAGACGCGCCGCUCUCCGCGCCCGGAGGAUGAUCAACAUGGAGACUGACAAGAUCAUCGACGACACGAACACGACUUUGCAGUAUCCAGUGACGAUACUCUAUGAUCCCGCUCGCAAGAAAGAACCUAUGGGAGUGUCCGCACACUACGGGCAGGAAAGAGAAAUCUGUGUGAAGCUCUUCGAGAGAUGGAGCGAGCCGGAGCAGGUGCACUUCGUCGAGCAACUGUUGGCGCGGAUGUGUCACUAUCAGCAUGGACACAUCAAUGCGUAUCUCAAGCCGAUGUUGCAACGAGACUUCAUUUCGCUCUUGCCAAAAAAAGGGCUAGACCACGUGGCGGAGAGUAUUCUCUCGUACUUGGAUGCCGACUCACUGAUCGCCGCGGAGCUGGUGUGCAAAGAAUGGCACAGGGUGAUCAGCGAAGGAAUGCUUUGGAAGAAGUUGAUCGAGCGCAAAGUCCGUACGGACUCGGUUUGGAGAGGACUCGCCGAGAGGAGAGGAUGGAUACAGUAUCUCUUCAAGCCUAGACCAGGCGAGAGUCAUCCCAAUCAUAAUUUCUACAGAUCCCUUUACCCGAAAAUCGUCAAGGAUAUCGAUAGUAUAGACAACAACUGGAGGAUGGGCCGUUUCAAUCUUCAGCGAAUCAAUUGCCGUAGCGAAAACUCGAAAGGCGUCUACUGCUUGCAAUACGACGAUCAGAAAAUAGUAUCCGGACUCAGAGACAAUACGAUAAAAAUUUGGGACAGAAACACUUUGCAAUGCAUCAAGGUGUUAACGGGACACACGGGCUCCGUCUUGUGUUUGCAGUACGACGAUAAGGCUAUAAUAUCGGGCUCCUCGGAUAGUACCGUAAGAGUUUGGGACGCUAACACUGGAGAGAUGGUUAAUACGCUGAUUCAUCAUUGCGAGGCAGUAUUGCAUCUCCGAUUUAACAACGGCAUGAUGGUUACUUGUUCGAAGGAUCGUUCGAUCGCGGUUUGGGAUAUGGUGUCGCAGACGGAGAUCGCGCUCAGGAGAGUACUAGUCGGACACAGGGCAGCGGUGAAUGUAGUUGACUUCGACGAAAAGUACAUAGUUUCCGCUAGUGGUGAUAGGACUAUUAAAGUAUGGAACACGUAUAGCUGCGAAUUUGUGCGAACAUUAAACGGACACAAACGCGGUAUAGCGUGUUUGCAAUAUAGGGAUCGUUUAGUAGUUAGUGGUAGUAGUGAUAAUACCAUUAGACUGUGGGACAUCGAGUGCGGGGCGUGUCUGCGCGUUCUUGAGGGACACGAGGAGUUGGUAAGGUGCAUUCGGUUUGACAGCAAGCAUAUCGUCAGUGGUGCUUAUGAUGGUAAAAUAAAGGUGUGGGACUUGGUUGCGGCUUUAGAUCCACGUGCACUCGCCAAUACGUUAUGCUUACGCACUCUAGUGGAGCAUACCGGACGCGUGUUUCGCCUUCAGUUUGACGAGUUCCAAAUCGUUUCAUCAUCUCACGAUGAUACAAUACUCAUUUGGGACUUUCUCAAUUACAAUCCGUCGAGCGGAAAUGUAUGCAGCGGACGAUUACCAAUGGACGGAACGUCAAAUCAGUCCGAUACCAGAUCUCCAUCUCCAUUCGAGUGACGCAUCAACACAGAUAUUCCUUUAUUGUGAUACAGUUUGGUGGUCUUAUUUCUCAAGUGGUUAGUGAGUGAAUCCAAUGUAUUCACGCUAGUGUGCGCAGAGAACGAAAGAAUCAGUGUCCAGUGUGAACGGCAACUAAAUAGACGCAGACGCAUGAGAAGAAACUUGGUCAAUGAAUUCGGUUUAUCGUUUGCUGCGAAAGCAAAAAAAAUUCUCAGAAGUAGGGAAAUACGGACUGACCUGUGAAACUAUAAAUUAUAAUUUAUAUUGCGCUUGACGCACUGCGUUUAGGUACGAACAGUAUGUUAUUGAAACCACGUAAAAUACAUCCCAUGGAUGUAAACACAAUCGUCUGCUUUGGCCAUAUCUGGAAAUCUUCUACGCUCUAUGACAUGAUAGAAGUCGACCAUUUUCUUAUGGUGAAACAAAAGAAACGGAAUGAAAAUGAAAAGACUUACAAUACGUAAUAAAGCGAAGCGUUUUUAGGGAGGCUUACACAUUUAAUAAGACGUUAGAUGUAUUAUAGUAAAUUAAUGAUUUUUUUAUGUAAUUAAUUUAUGGUAAGAAAAUUGUAAGUUGUUGGUUUGAUUGGAGUACUUAUCUUGUGUGAAUGUGCAAGAGGAAAUUGACACACGCGAGGAUUGACGUGUUGCCCUAUCUUUCGGAAGAGAAAGCUGAUAUAUCCAUACCCAGAGUCAUAAAAAUUUACAAUACUGCCAAAAUUUACCAUCACUGAUGUGAGGUCCACUGAGGUACAUAAUAGUACAGGAAAAGUCAGAUAGUGGUACCGAUUGUUUAAGAAAGGAUAGACAAACAUCCAUAAUGAGGAAAGAAGUAAAAGGCCCAGUGUUAUUACAGAUGAACUUUUUGAAUCUGUUAAAAUUCACGAGAAUUAUUGUUUCAUAGUUCUGUUCUUUCUUUCUUCUUAAGAAUACAGAAUACAGUCAAUUGAAUAUAUAAUAAUUUAGACGUUAAUUUUAUAUGAAAUUUGUAUUAUUUAAAAAAGCGAGUGAAGAGCCAACAAACUCUGCACAGUUGUUCGGUACAACGCUAUUUGCAUUUAAAGUAUAAAAAUCACAUUGGAAUGUAAAUAUUAUUUUAUUAUUAUUAUAUAUAUAUAUAUAUAUAAAUAUAUAUUAUUAUUCAAGCAGAGAAAGAGAGAGAGAGAGAGAGAGAGAAAGAAAUAGACAAGGUAGUGAUUCUAAAAUGAUCUUAGAUAUUGUAAAAAGGAAGGAAAACUAUUACUUCUUAUCUUGACUAUUUGAUCUCGUUUAAAUCAUUUUACUCAUGUUUUUGUACAAUAAUAAGUUUCUCACUUUUAUAUCCGCUUAAAUCGCCAUUUAUUCUGAUGCACAUUGAUACUGCUUUUCUCUUUUGUAUAAUAGGAACGAAAUUUCUGCAAUCUGAUAUUUCACUGUGAAAUUUCGAAGAGCAAAGGCGUAACCAAAUAAAAUAUCUCGGACGCGAGUAAACAGAAGAUAUCUUCAAUCCGAUAUAUAUUUGUGUAUGUAUAUAAUCGAAUGUUUAAGAACGAAGUUCGUUGAAUUACGUGGAAUCGAACGGCAUCGAUACGAUGCGUCCAAAGUGGUUGUGACAUUACGGAGUAGCUUGUGCUUCACGGACGCCAUUAUAUUACUAAAUUACAAAAUAGUGCGGUCAAAAUUUUUGGUGACAUCACGUAAUAUCUCAGGAUAAAUUGGUUAUUUAAUAACGAAUUUACGAGAGAACUAUGUUAAAACGAACGAACGAACGAAUAAACUCUAUCAGCAGACACCUUCACAACUUUCUAAUUGCGAGAAGAGCGAAAUAUCGUAUUAUGUUCCGAAUAUGCGUUUCAUUAAUGUGACGGUCAGUAAAGAGAUACGAUUUAAUAUAAUCGCUUCUAAGCAUCUGCCAGUAAAUAUAAUGGAUUAUGCAGAGAGAAUGAAUGCAUUGUCACAUCAAAUAAUAACAAUACACAUUUCGAGACACAAGAUUUUGAUGACAAUUCGAGCGUUUCAGCCCUACGUACUAUAAGACAUAUUCGAGGUGUGGGAGGGGGAGUUCAUGCGUAUGUGAUUUUUUCAUAUUGAUUUUCCAGUACAUGUGUAUGCGAGACGAUUCAUUUCCGAGUUUUGUACGAGAAAAUAUACAGAGAAUGCGAUUUACACAUUAAUAUAUACCGAGUGAGGCUGUAUUCCAAGCUAAUGUUUAGAAUACGCAAAAUUUGUUUACUCUCUUGUAUAAUGCACAAAAGGAAAAAAAAGAGAUAAUAAUAAUUACGGCGGAUAUUUGUACGCAAUUUGUUCGCGUGGUGCAUACGCGCGCAUUCUGACGUUGAACGAGACGGAAAGUAGGAGGGUUAAGAGGGUUUGGAAUUACGAGUUGCACGCAAACCGGGUACAAACAUUGUGAUUUCGAGAAAUUAGUACGAUCGAAUGGGAAUUUUGUAUAAUUUUAAGGUAUGUAUAUGUACAUAUAUACACACAACACACAUCGGGGUACACACACAAAGAGUGUGCGAGGCAUACUUUUGUAGAAUAUGGCAUACGUAGUUCUUGAGUUUGUGACUUAUUUCAAAAUGAAUAGGUGAGAAAUAAUAGCGCAUAACAGUGAGCGUAGCCAAGCAUUAACAUACUCUUUACGAACAUUAAUAUUCUCCAUCGUCCUUCCACUAUCUAUGAAUACGCGUAUGUAGGUAUUAUCGAGAGAUAGAUAUAUAUAUAUAUAUAUAUAAAAUACGAGAUCGUUCACAUUGCGUCUUCCUAUAUUCCUCCUCGGAAUAUGGAAAGAUCUUUUUCGUUCGAAUACCACCGUUAAACCGAAGGAUUUCGUUUGAAAUCUCGGAUGUUGUGAAAGGAUUCACGCAAAAACUAUUUAUUCGUGAACGAGAGAGAUCGGACACGCAUAUACAGAAAUCAUGAAUAAUAUAAAACGCGAAACCACUAUAUAUAUAUAUAUAUGUGUAUAUACGUGGUAAGAGUAUAUAUACUGUACUGGUACUGUGUAUAUGUAUAUAUAUAUAUAUAUAUACACAUAUAUACAUAUAUAUAUAUAUAUAUAUAUAUAUAUAUAUAUAUGUAUAUAUGUGGUGGGAAGAGAUGUAAAAUGAUAGUAAGGGGAGUAUGUGGGAAUUCGUACCUUUAAGGAGUCUUCGUAUCACAAGAUGUGCGACUUGAUUGCGACGUGGAUAAUUGCAAUUGUCGAGAGUAUCGCUGAAAUAUUUGUAAGAGAAUAUGUGAUGCUUUAUUGUUAAUACCGGCAUGAAUCUUCGUGUAUGGGAGUAACUGAGUAGAGAGGAUACAAAGGCUGUGCAAAAGCUAUAUUCGAAAUAUAAUACCUACACAAGAACACAAGGUAUGUUUUAUAGAUAAACGUCCGCUGUUAUUAUCCUUCUGUAUACAAUGUGCGCACACACAAACGCGAGUGCAUUUUAAUCAUGUCAUAAAGUCAAGGUAGUACUCCAAUUUAAUCAGAGAGAAGUACAUGGGAAUACACUGAACCAAGAAUUAAAAUCGCCCAAUUCUUUUGAACGAUCAGCUGAUAUUGUUUUGUCCUCAUCACAUGCAAUAAAAGUUGAUUUCUCGAA